AUGUCUACAAUGGCCUCAGCUAAUGACUCGUCGCUUCACCAGCAGCUUUGCGAACUGUACCGUCAAUAUCGUGGAACCAAGUCAAUCGAUGCAAAGGCCGACUUCUUCUCUCCGGAAUGUCAUCAAAUCUGCCGCACAGAACCAAGCUAUGCAGCACAAGAUAGAGGUACAAUAAUCCGCUACCUGCUUGAAUCUGGCGAAGUACUCGCUCGUAUCUACAAAGAAGCAAGCUGGAAUAUCGAAGACUUAACCAGUCCUCCCAAGAGCUUUUACACCAUGCGUCCCCUCACCGAAACCGAAACAAGCGACUUUGGCGCAAUUGAAGCUUUGGAACCUGCUGGUUUCUCGUCUGUAGAACAAGUUCAGAACCAAGCGCAGGCUGAGAACUGGGCAGGACUGAGAGUCAAUAUGUGGACAGAAGAUGACCAGGCCAGAGGAAUCUUGGUCAAGGUGCAGUACUGGUGGCGUAAGGAGACUUCUGAGGAGUGGAAGCAGAUACUGCAUGAUAUUAUGUACCUAGGACCGGUGGAUGGAACUGAACGGGACGCAGGCGGGGAGUUGGUUGAGGAUAAGUAG